AAUUCGUUCGACGAGGCAGACAACAAGGAGAGUUCUACCAAACCCUAUUGCAGCAGAGGGCACUUAGCAUCAACCUUUUUUUUUCGGGGGCAAGGGAGAGAAAGAGAGAGAGAGAGGGACUGUGUAUACCUUGCGCUCGCCACAACUCAGUGAGCCCUUUGCGUUAAAUUUUUUCAUGAGGUUUAGAGUGAGUCAACGGGACUCGACGGCGCAAUGCUCGGUUCAUUUACAAUUUUUGGGAGAGGUAGCAGACCUUGGCGGAGCACGUAGCUGAGUGGAGUGGUUCAGGUAAUGAUUACCAAUCCCAGCAGCCGGUAAGUGCUGGACUGGAAGACCCUUGACUUGACAAGAGAUUGAAAAUUACUGGCGCAAAAGAAAAUAGCUGCUGGUUAGUCAGUGAUUGAAGUUGGCACGGAAUGGAGCGAUAAGAACUCGGAGCAAGAGCGUGUUGUGUUCCUCAGAUGGACGUGAUAUUUGUAGCAGAGGGUCUAACUUCAUUUCCUGGGUUCAUGAGGAUAUAAUUUCUAUUCCAAAAGGAAAUGCGCCAGUCAUAAAGUUGCAACAUAUCUGACAGAGUGGUAGUAGCGAAAGGUCCUAGCAGAUCUUUGCAUGGUUCAAUCAAGUUCCAAGUUGUUCCAAAAUAAUUGGGAAAUACAGAUUCGUGGAUUCAGUUCAGGUGUGAAAGGAAGCGGUGAAGGAGCAUACAUUAUGAUGCUUCAGUGUGCACGUCCAAGUGUAUGAUAGUUCAAAGACGUGGUGAGGCUAUUUACGAUACUACACUACUUUCGUCAGUGAACAAAUCUGAAUGGAUGCUCAGGCCAUCAUGCCGAAGAUUUUCCAAAUCGUUAACGUGCUACUGGUCGUUCUACAUUUCUUACUUGUCCCUGUUCAAUCGAACGAAUUGGGUGCGAGGCAAUCCUUCCUGCGAGAGCCUUCUGAUCAAGUGGCCAAGGUUGGAGAGCAUGUGACUUUGCCGUGUCGUGUGGUCUCUAAGCAAGGCGUGCUCCAAUGGACCCGCGAUGAUUUCGGCUUGGGCUCGGAUCGGCUUCUAGAAGGAUUCAAAAGAUACAUCAUGUCUGGGAGUGAUGAAGAGGGAGACUUCACAUUGGAUAUCAAUCCCGUGUCUUUGGAAGAUGAUGCUCGAUUCCAAUGCCAAGUGGGUGCAGCUGAGGGUGUGAAGCCUAUUCGAUCCCGAUACGCCUCGUUGACCGUGUUGGUUCCUCCAGAUCCUCCUCUGAUCUUUCCGACGGGCGAAAGCUACAAGACAGUUGCAGGCAAAGAAGUUGAAUUGCGCUGCGAAUCGCACGGAGGCAAACCGGCUAGUGAGACUGAUGGUACAUUAUCCGCCAAAGGUGAGUCUACGAACCAAUCGUGAUGAGCUCUUGGAAGGAGAUUCCGUCCGCUUCUAUUGUGAUGUGGAGGCCAAUCCAAUCCAAGUUUCAUUUGCUUGGUUCGUGGCGGGCAAGGCUGUGGCUGGCCAAAGCUCCCAAGAGCUGAUCAUGGAUAGCGUGGAUCGAAGACUCCAUAACAGCCUGGUCCGAUGUGAAGCCACGAAUCCUAUUGGACGAACGGAUCAAACAGCCAUCCUGAAUGUCUCAUACUCGCCAGUGUUUUUAAAUCGACCGGAGAACGUGGCUGGGUCACCGGGUGAGCGGGUCAGCCUCCGAUGUCGGGUCGAUUCAAAUCCUCCGCCGACCUACUCCUGGUACCAUAUCAACCCUUUGAACGGCCAAAGGAACCAUGUGGUGGGAUCGUCGGCCAACCUGACCCUCAAGGUGAGCCCUAAUGCGGUUGGCGAAUACGAGUGCAAAGCCUCCACCUCUGGCUACGCGGAUGUAACCGCCAACGCCAAGCUCUUCAUGAAGGGUCCUCCUUCGAUUGAAAACGCUCACCAACCUCAAUACGCUCAAUUGGGCAAGACUACCCGUGUUGUGUGUGAAAUCCAAUCGACUCCGAGCUUGGAUCGCAUUGAAUGGAGCUUUCAAGGCCAUUUAAUUGACCCGCGACGGGAGCAACCGGAGCAGGGCUCAAAAUACUCGCUCACCGAGAAGCAACUCCUGGAUGAGGAGCGAGUCCAGAGCGCUCUAGUGAUCCGCGACGUGGAGGCUCAGGAUUUGGGCGCCUAUAUGUGCUCCGUACAAAACGCCCUGGGGUCAGAUUCAGCUGUGCUUCACCUUCGAAAACAAUCUGCUAUGCCAAUGUUGGUGGUGAUUGCCGGAGUUCUUGGAGGCGUCAUUCUAACGGUAGCUGUCAUUAUGAUCGUCAUUCUCUGUCGGAGAAACUCGAAAAAGUUCCAGAAUCUCGAGAAGCAGGAUCUGCGGAUAAAGAUCGAGAAACAGAAGCGGACAGAGCCCAAAGAAGAAAUGGGCUUGUCGCCUCCCGUUUCCACCGUGACGUCUUCUGAUGGGGUGUCCAAUAACUCGUCAGACAUGAAAGUGGACGGUCGGGUUGGAUCGUCAUUAUCGGAGGGUGAGAACCUUCACGCCGAUGAUUGGGAAGGAUCGGAUGAUUCCUUUAGACCCACGGCAGGAGCACUGACAAGCGCCACAAGCAGGGGGAAGGCCUUGGAUUAUGUGGACGGAUUGCCAAGAGCCUUUGAGCCGCAAGUCUAUCCCCAAAAUGCAUAUGGCCAAUAUUACGCGAACAAUCUAGUCAAUAACUCGAAUGGGGUCUACAACGAAAACAACUACGUUCAUCAGGCAGCUUUAGGUACCUAUGCCACAAAUGAAGGCUACACUCGUAGCUCAGACAACCUUUACUCGUGUUCCGGCGGUCAGCCUUUGGGCGAGGUCGAAUCUCGGCGCUAUUCCGUUCACGUGCGCAAUUCCCCCGUGAGCCCACCCCAAAGCAGCAGCUCGGCGACGAUAAGUGUCAAGAAUUACAACUCCAGUUUCGAUUACAUGCCAGCCAGUGCAUUUGUGUCAUCGUCAGCCAUGCUGGCCACCUCAUCACCCCGUGAAUCCACCUCAAAUGGAACACUCAAGCACGGCUCAAGCAUGGCCAACUAUCGCUACGGAGGCCAUUUGGACAAUUAUUCCGUGUAUGUAAACAAGCCUCACCAUGGACUAGUCCCCGUUCAUGAGACCGGGAAUCUGGUGAUGGGUGCUAACACAAACUCGGGCGGCGGAUCCUUGGGCAAGGGCAGCUCCUUGGCCACCCAUGUCUGAGUGUCUGUGAAUCAACUCAUAUCCCUCAUCCCAUCUGACUCCUCGUUAACCUGGGCCUCACUCGAUGAAUCGAUUUGUUUCAGAAUGGAGACAAGCCAUUCUCUGAUUGAGCUUUGAUUCACCUCUUCUUUUGUUCAAGUAUCGCUGUGAUAUGUGUGUGCGUGCGUGUGUGUGGUUUCUCUCUCUCUCUCUCCCUCCCUGUCUCCCCCAACGUCUCGCUCUCUCUCGCUCUCCCGUCCGAAUCACCGAGACGAAGAACAAUAAAAACUCUCAGAAUUGAAUGCGCUGUCCAACCACUUAUUAUUGUUAUUGAUUGCUGCUCUAAAUUGAAAGUGUCUGUCGUCAGCAUCUCAUUUGGAACACGCCUUUUUCGCUCGGGCGCAUUGUGAACACGUUUUUUGCCCAUCACCUUGUGAAAAUCACUCGC